AAGCAACGGAGGGACGGGUACUAGAAUUCUCUGAAGUAGAAACCGCCUCCAUAAAACAAGUCCCUCUCUCCCCGUUGCCGCCCAUUAAGUCGGACUGCGUGCCUACCUGUUGAACAACGCAGCACGCGCAACCUUCUUACUAUAGUAUCUCAGCUUCUCAGUGUGUUUGUGUCGGGUGUUGGUGCGGGUUUAUUUCCAGUGUUUUAGAAGCGCUCCUUCUAUCGAAUCAUUUCGGUUCAAUUCGGGAUAUUUUUUCUUCGGUUUCUAUCUACUGUUGUCUGCCGGUUAUAUAACGCGGUAAGUGAGAAAACAUCAUGGAACAGGAAAACGGAAUCAGGAAGCAGCAGCCGGCCACCAUCACGGUGUACCCGCAGCAUCAGCAAGUCAUCACUACCGUCACCGUCAAUCCCAAUGAGCCGCCACCCGUUUCUUCCGACCCGGGAAUCACGUAUGUGCAACUCAACCCAGGACACUUCACCACAUUCAGCGGAAUUUUGAAAUUAGUUGAAAUCUUGUUUGCUGUUAUUUGCAUGUCUUGCGCUUCACCGGCUUGGAAGCCUGGAACAUCUUGGUUUCUCUUCGUGGUGGUUAUUUGCUUCAUCUUGACUCUGUUCUGGAUAUUUGCUCAUCUUCUGUCACUCGUCAGCAGCCUCAAAAUCGGCGCCAAUUGGCUUUCGAUUGAGUAUGGAUACAACAUUGUGGCUAGCAUUCUCUAUUUUACGGCUUUUAUCGUCCAACUAGCCGUCUGGGCUCCAGCCGCUAGCUAUUUUACUAAUUCGAAUGUCGCUGCUGGGGUUUUCGCGCUGUUCAACUUCGUCGUUUACGCUUUCGCCACUUUCCUCCUACACAGGGAAGUGAAAAAUUAACGGAAAUAUUAGGAGUGACAUCAUCCGUCAAAUUUUCUCAAUUUUGUUACCACUCUCACGCAAUUGUUACAUUAUUAAUGGUUCGAACAUGUUUGUUUAACUAUAUUAGGAGCCUCAUCAUCAUUGACCUCUCUACAUCUCUCUUCUCUCACAAAGAAAACGCUUUUCUUUUUUUCUUUAUGACAAAUAAAUUCUAUUCAAUGUU